CCACUUGGUCGGCAAAAGAUAACUCUGCGCAUGCGCAGUGACCUAUGGCUAGGAUUAGGGACAGGGUUAGGGAAAGGAUUAGAGUUGGUGUUAGGGUUCUGAGGUUGUAAACACACGCAUGCGCAGUACCAUCGAAAACAUCGCAGCGAAGGUCUACUCCCGCCUUAAGUGCAAGUGUCUUUCUGAAAGAACUCAAAACAACUGGUUUGUUCAGAUGGCAACCUUAAGCUUUAAUCUACACAACAAGGACGGUAGCACACAAAACAUUUCUCACUCUGUUGCCGUGGAUCAAGACAGCUUUGCAUAUCAUUUAUUGUUUGAAUCUCUCCAACUGGUACAAGAGCAGUGUAAUGACAUACUUACAAGAUUAGUAGAAGCAGAAAAAGUUCAGGGUAUAUCCAGCAGUACUGCCAUCAAUGUGCCAAGUAUAAGUAACCUAGAGGAUGAUGAAGAUGUUGGGAGUGAUAAUGAAGAGAACCUAGAAUUACCUCCAGAGAAGAGAAAAAAGCUAUAAAUAGCAUAAUACUUGCCCACAAAUUGUAAUUAAAACUACUAUAGUUCAGUUCA